CCCAUUAGAGACACCACGGCAAACAUCAGACUCCUUCCUCCUCCUUCUUCGGCCGCCGCCGCCGCCGAACGACGAUGGACGAGGAGCCGGAGUCGGCGGUGGUGAUGGGCGCGUACGGCGGGCCUGCCCGGCCGGUGGAGAGCGCGGCGGGGGAGACGAUGCUGCUCUGGUCCCUCGGCAACCCGGCCUCCCACCGCCCCAACGCCUUCGUCCGGCACGGCGCGGGCGCGCUCGCCAUCGACGCCUGCGGGCGCCAGCUGACGCUGCACCAGUCCCCGUCCAACUUCAAGGGCGCCUCGGGGGUGACGGGCGCCGUGGUCUGGGACAGCGGCGUGGUGCUGGCCAAGUUCCUGGAGCACGCCGCGGACGGCGGCCUCCUGGCGGCGCGAGGGGCGCGCGCCGUGGAGCUCGGCGCCGGGUGCGGGCUCGUGGGCGUGGUGGCGGCGCUGCUGGGCGCGCGCGUGGUCGCCACCGACCUCCCCGACCGCCUCAGGCUGCUCCGGAAGAACCUGGAGGAGAACCUCGGCCCCGGCGACGGGGACGCCCGGGUGGCCGAGCUGGUGUGGGGCGAGGACGACGACCCCGACCCGGAGCUGAUGCGCCCGGAGCUGCUGCUCGGCUCCGACGUGGUGUACAGCGAGGAGGCGGUGGACGACCUGCUCGCCACCCUCAGCCUGCUCGCCGGCCACAACACCACCGUCCUGCUCGCCGGAGAGCUCCGCAACGACGUGGUGCUGGAGUGCUUCCUGGAGGCGGCCAUGGAGGAGUUCGUGAUCGGGUGCAUCGAGCAGGAGCAGUGGCACCCCGACUUCCGCACCAACCGCGUCGCCAUCUUCAUCCUCGUCAAGAAAAAACCACUGUCACCCGAGUCAUCUGAUCUUAACUGUUUCUGACUCCAUUUCGAAAACGAUAUUGUGAUUUGUGCAACGCUAUGGUUUGAACAUGCGUAGGCCUCGCUUCUUCUACCAAGCAGUGUGGCUGUUGUAAACCUGGAAUGAAAUGGCCGUGGCAACGUUUGUCUAAUAUUCUGAUGCAGUAACCCAGCAGAAUUGUUGUUGGUAGCCUACUA